UUCCUCUCCACAAAAGUCAUAUUUUUCAACUUUUUUUUCCUUUUUCAGUGAUGGCUGCAGCUCUUAGAUCAGUUUAUGUUUGGAUGAUUUUCAGUUUAACCUUUAUUUUCUUGUGCUCAUCUCAAAAUGAAAACGAGUUCAUCCAUAAUAAUGGCUUCCAUGAAGCCAAUCUACAACUGGAUGAAAUAUCAAUAAUCCACCCCAAUGGUCUAUUGCAGCUAACCAACACUUCUGAGAGGCAAGCAGGUCAUGCUUUUUAUCCAUUCCCAUUCAAAUUCAACACAUCUUCCCCUGAAUCUCUUUCCUUUUCCACGAAUUUUGUUUUUGCCAUAGUUCCAGAAUCGGUUAAUAUUGGUGGCCAUGGCAUAGCUUUUGUCAUCUCACCUUCGAUGGACUUCAGCCAGGCUAUUGAAACUUCAUAUUUGGGGCUCUUCAACACUACUAACGAUGGCCUGUCUACAAACCACAUCUUAGCGGUCGAGGUUGAUACUGUACAAAGCCCUGAAUUUUAUGACAUAGAUGGAAACCAUGUGGGAAUUGAUGUGAACGGCUUGGUUUCUAAUGAAUCUGCUACAGCAACUUAUUAUUCGAAUGAAGAAGGGAAGAACAAAAGCUUGGUGCUCAUGAGUGGAGAUCCAAUACAGGUUUGGAUAGACUACGAUGGUGCUGAAAAAUUACUCAAUGUUACUCUCUCUCCUAUUCGAAUCGCAAAACCAGAAAGACCUCUCUUGUCAACGCCCCUCAAUCUUUCUGAAGUUUUCUUGGACUCUAUGUAUGUCGGUUUCUCAGCAGCAACUGGCACAAUUACAAGUGACCAUUAUAUUCUAGGAUGGAGCUUCAACAGAAGCGGACAAGCACAAAACCUUGAUUUCUCCAAGCUUCCUCCUGUUCCUGCACACGGGAAAGCAAGUAAGAAACGUGGACUACUGAUGAUUGUUUUGAUCGUAGUAGCAGUGCCUGUGUUUUUUAUAGUAUUAAUUGUAGCUGCUUACAUUGUAUGGAAGAAGAAAUAUGAAGAAGUAUGUGAAGACUGGGAAAGGGAAUAUGGUCCUCAAAGGUUCCCCUAUAAAAAUCUCUACAAAGCAACCAAAGGUUUCAAGGACACAGAGGUUAUUGGAAAAGGAGGUUUUGGAAAGGUUUAUAGAGGCGUCCUUCCUUCUAAUGAACAAAUUGCAGUCAAGAGAGUCUCUCACGAUUCGAAACAAGGGAUGAAGGAAUUUGUGGCCGAAAUAGUAAGUAUGAGAAGGCUAAGGCAUAGGAACUUGGUGCAACUCCGCGGCUAUUGCAGGCGAAAGGGAGAAUUUAUUUUGGUCUAUGAUUAUAUGCCAAACGGAAGCCUGGACAAAUUAUUAUACAGCAAUACAGAGCCAAAUCUUAAUUGGUUUCAGCGAUUUCGAAUCAUUAGAGGAAUAGCUUCUGGCCUUCUCUACCUGCAUGAAGAAUGGGAACAAGUUGUUCUACAUAGAGAUAUAAAACCGGGCAAUGUUCUUUUAGAUGCUGAACUAAAUGGGAGGUUAGGUGAUUUUGGCUUAGCAAAACUAUAUGACCACGAUAGCAAUCCGCAAACCACUAACCUUGUGGGAACUGUAGGUUAUUUGGCUCCAGAGCUCAUUAGAACUGGAAAGGCAACUACCGGCACGGAUGUAUUUGCUUUUGGGGCUUUCAUGCUUGAGGUGGCUUGUGGAAGGAGGCCUGUAGAGCAACAAGGUUAUGGAGUGGUAUAUUUGGUUGAAUGGGUAAUCAAUUGCUGGAAAAGAGGAGCUAUCAUCAAUGCCAGUGAUCCAAGAUUAGAAGGUAUUUAUGCAGAGGAGCAAAUGGAGUUGGUACUGAAACUAGGGCUGUUUUGUUCACACCCUAACCCCGCGGCAAGGCCUAACAUGAGACAGUUGAUGCAGUAUCUGGACGGCGAUGCUACAUUGCCAGAUAUAUCACCUAAUAGCAGUUCAAUGGAUGUGUUCACAAACAGUAAUGAAGCUUCUAAUAGUGGAAUGUCAUUUCCUUCAUUGUUCGAAAAUAGUUCUGCGCAGACCAUGUCUACUUGUGAUUCAGUCUUCACAGAAGGUCGUUGAAUCAAAUAUCUUACUUGCAAUGAAGCCUUUCAUUGGACUACUCAUGGUACCUGUAAAAAGAAAUAUUGUUUCUAAAACUUUCUGUGAGUUUCUCAAACUGAUAGUUCUUGUAUCAUUUUUACUUGUUAUUGUACUAUGUGAGACAAUCUGGUUUGACUUUCCAAAUAUUGAUUUGUAAAUAAGACUAUUAAAAAACAUACAGGAGAUCCAAAAUUUCAUUUUCAA